AUGUCCAGUGAUAUCAAAGAGCAGCUAAUUGACUACAUUCAAAUCAGUCCUUACUAUGCACUGCAGCUGGACGAAUCCACUGACAUUGCUGGACAGGCCCAGCUUCUCACUUACGUCAGGUAUGUGCGGGAAAAGAAAAUUGAGGAAGACAUCCUGUUUUGCCGGCCUCUUCAGGCCCGUACAACCGGGGAGGCAAUAUUUAAUGUCCUUGACUCGUUCAUCCAAGACAGUGGUUUGGGCUGGGGAAAGUGUAUUGGCCUCUGCACAGAUGGAGCGCGGCCGAUGACAGGGCGUGAGUGUGGCCUCGUAGCUCGCGUCCAGCAAGUUGCUCCACUUGUGCAAUGGACACACUGCAUGGUCCAUUGCGAGGCACUUGCUGCCAAGAAAAUGCCACCGUUCUUCGAGUCAGUACUUCACCAGGCCGUGAAAAUUAUUAACCAUAUUAAGGCUCGUCCACUUAACUCCCGUUUGUUUGGGGUCCUCUGCCAGGAGAUGGGGUCAGGGCACGAACAGCUGUUUCUGCACACUGAAGUUCGCUGGCUCUCCAGGGGGCGGGUGUUACAACGGCUGUAUGAGUUGCGAGAGGAGGUAAAGUUGUUUUUGACCGAAAGUCAAACAGAUCUGGCGAAGCACCUGGAUGAUACCAUGUGGCUUGCCUCUCUCUCCUAUUUGGUGGAUAUUUUUGACCGGCUGAAUGGCCUCAACCUGUCUUUCGUGGGCGCCAUGAUCUCCUACAUGCUGGACCCCAGCUACACCACAUCACCUGCCUGGGCGGCGUGUCUGCGCUCUCCGCCGUCAUGGUGA